UUUCUAGAGAGCACAUUGCACAACACAAACACUACAACACUCAUUGGAUUCUAACAUUCUCGCGUCGGUCUCAGACCAAAACAUUACAAUUUUAUUGUACUGAUUCGGCAAAUUGAUCUAAGUCAUGACGGAUAAUCAAGGUGUCAGUGCAUUCCCUAUGCCUCCAAUGCAAUAUGUCAACAACUAUAGUGACGAUAACAUAAAAAGAGGGAAAGCACCACAGCCUCCAACUCCCAUUCAGGACUCCUACUCCAUGUUUGGGGCUCAGUACUCAGCUGAUGAUGCGAUUAUUCGACCCUUGGAAGCCUCCGGGUGCCGCAGACUGUAUCCUCACAACUACGAUCACAAGCGGGAGCUCAAGAAGUUGAACCAUUCCAUACUGGUGAAUUUCCUGGACCUGCUUGAUGUUUUGAUAAGAGCACCAGAGUCUCCAAAACGGGCAGAGAAGUUGGAAGACAUCAACCUCCUGUUUAUCAACAUGCACCAUCUCAUCAAUGAAUUCAGACCACACCAAGCACGAGAGACGCUGCGAGUUAUGAUGGAACUUCAACGCAAUCAGAGGUCAGAGGUAGCACGCAAGUUUCAGGAACACUUUGACAAGGUGAUGGACUUGAUCCAGACUGCGAUGAACUCAAUCCCAGAGGAUGUUGGGAUGGAUUCUACCCUGGUCUCCGACUCAGAUCUGCUCAACGCUGUGGCUGAGGUGAAGUCGGAGCCCAUGGACCUUGAGGCAUGUGACAGCCUCGAUACUAUGAUGUGUAAAAUUGUGGACGAUAUGACGUAGGGAUGCUAGACAUAGUCACGGAGAUGUCAUACAAUUGCUGUAAAACAGAGUUCUUUUGCAAGCAUUUUACUUCUGAGAAUUUGUAGAGCCAAAAUUCAUGCAGAAAUUUUUUUUUCGGGGGAGGGGGGUGUCCUCAACAAACAUUUUACAGGGACAACUGUAUUGAGAAAUGGUCUUAUACGAUCUUUGAAAAUUAAGCACUUUGAAUUGACAUGUUGCCCUUGGCAAGAUAAAACUGUUAUACAGUAAUUGGAAAUAGUUUGGUUUCAAGAGAAGUUACUGAACAGAUUCUCUCAUGUAUAAAUAGUACUAGUGUAAACAUUUGCUGCAAGCAGUUAGUGGUUUGAUUGUAAGAGUUACCUGAAUUGUGCAAAUGAUUUUGCAAAUGUGUAAGCCUGUAGGAGCGUAUUUUGAGCAUGAUUGUGUGCGUUUGUGUUUGUGGGGAUGACCGCUUGUGAGUGGGUGCUUGGAAUGUUUGUGAUUGAGUAUUUUGCACAGCUGAGUCUUAGAAAAUGUUACGUUUUUUUAUGGUACCAUACUCAACAAAUGCAAUGUUUGGUCUUGAAUGUUCUCAUAUUUGUCAUUAAAGAUGAUCAAAAAGACCAC